UUUUCGACAACAGUCGCACUCUGGACUACGGCAAUUAGCAGCUGAAUAACUGAAUAAUCGAGUUUAGUAUAAAAAGCCCAUUAAGAGGCAGAUGAAAUCAAUAGUCGUCAGAAGUGAAUAGAGACUAACAAAGUUAUCAGCGCCACUGCAAAAAAUGUUUAUUACAUUUCUAUUAGCCCUGCCCCUUAUCAGCCUUUGCAGGAGUUUUCCAGCUCCUCCUGCAUCUUUGGACGCUAAUGAAACCAAAGAAGUAAUUUUCGUACCUUACGAUGUGAAAUUUGUGCCAGUUGAGCUGGAUGAUUCUAAACUGGAAAAGCAACCGCUUGACUCCAAAACCAAAGAAACUGCGACAUCCGAUGCAGACCACAAGAAUUUCGUGUCUUUUGAUCGAUCGCAGGGCAAAUUCGAUUACGACCAAACUGAACCAUCAGAAGACUACAUUUUGGUGCCGAUGUCCGUUUUUAAGGCUUUGGAAGACCAUGCGAUUGAAACUGGGAGCUUGAAGCAACAUCUCAUAUCGAAAAGACAAGCACCAGCCGACGGUUUCAACGUCUUCCGCAGUAUAACCAGGGAAAAGAGAAGAAUUUUUAGGCCUCCUCCACUAGUGGGAUAUUUGAACAACUAUGACCGAUUCCCUACAGUGGCUUGAAAUGUUCCUAUUUAAUGCGCAGUUCAUUUCACCCAGUAAUUUAUUUUUCAGCUUUUAAGUUUGUUUAAAUGUGAUAGUUUUUAUAAAUAAACUGUUUUGUUGGAUGGCUUUGGUUUCACUGGCAAAAGCAAAUUGAAGUGUCAAUUCUUAGGUAGCACUUCGAUUAUUAUAAGAGGUUUUGAAAAAUAAAAAUCAAUCUGAUUGUAUCAAAUA